AUGACGAUACAGGUCGACAACCUGCGGGUGGAGGGCACGCUGCCCGCGUGGCUGCGCGGGAGCCUCGUGCACGCGGGGCCGGCCAAGUUCGAGUUCGGGGACGACGAGUUCGUGGACUGGGUCGACGGGCAGGCCAUGCUGUACCGUAUCCGAAUUAAGGACAACGGCGUCUGCGAGUACACGAACAAGUGGCUCGACACCUCCAACCACAGGGCACACCGCGAGGGUGGCAGAAUCACUGUCCGAGAGACGUGCUCGCGGCCCUCAAUUCCGACCAUCUGGGAGCGCAUCGCGUACAUGUUCCAGCCCCCCGACAACGAGAACGGCAACCUGCACAUUUCCCAGUUCGGGGGCAACUCCAGGUGCAUCUCCAUGUCCGUGGGCUCUUCGUUGAUGGAGUUCACGCUGGAGGAUCUCGGAACAGUGGGAAAGGUCAAUUUCAAGGACGACAUUGCUGACAUGGGGCCUCUGAUUUUUCAUGCCGAGCCGCAUGUCGACGGCGCCACAGGCGAGUGGUACACGUGCGCGAUCCAGCUGAAGAUCAGCCCGGAAGACAUGGGCCUGAAGCCCGAGUACGUGGUCUAUUCCAUCCCCGCCGACACUCAGCCCGAGCCAGGGGCGCCGGUCUACCGUAGGCUGAUCACUCGUGUCCAGACGGAGUACCCGUCGCCGGUGCACACCAUCGGCCUCACGGACAGGUUCUUCAUCAUGAUCCAGAUCCCGUACCCGCUCAACUGGGACGGCAUGCUGAACGCGGAGGGCAAGUGGCUGAUGACCGGCAAGUACGAGGGGAACCUGAACGACUACAACACUUGGCAGCCCGAGCGGCCGACCAUCAUCCGCUUGAUCGACAAGGUGACCGGCGAGCAGCUGCCCGUGUUCGAGACGUUCCCAUUCUUCUUCUUCCACGUCAUCAACACGUGGGAGGAGAAGGGCGGCGCGGACGGCACGCAGGACUGCGUCUUCAUCGACGUCGUGUGCUACGAGGAGCCACCCGUCGGCUUCCCGCUGCGUCAGGCGCGCUCCGGCGACGUGGAGGAUUGGCGUGGGGGAGGAGGCGAGGUGAAGCGUUUCUGCCUGAACCUUGCUACCGGCGAGAGCACCUGCUCGGGCUGGCCAGACAAUUGUUUCGACGAGCCGAAGAUCAACCCGAAGGUCUCCGGGCAGCGGCAGCGAUUCAGCUACGGCGUCAUCGACGACAACGGCAUGCUCCGAAUCACCAAGCAGGACCACGAGACCCACGAGGUCGUGAAGUGGGGCACCCAGGACGUGUCGCGCGAGCUGCCCUGGCAGCCCGUCUUCGUGCCAAUGCCGUACAGCGACAAGGAGGACGCCGGGGUGCUGCUGUCCUGGGUGCGCGACCAGCCCACGGGCGACUCGUUCUGCGUCGUGCUCGACGCCGAGACCUUCGAGGAGCACGCUCGCAUCCACUUCCCCGAGGGCCACCACCUCCCGCUGCACGGGCACGGGCACUGGAUGCAGGGCCAAAUCUGA